UAUAAAAUCCCAAAUCUCAUCAGCUCCUAGCUGUUGGCACCAGGACUCACUAAAAGCAAGCAGAAUGGCCUUUCACUCUGCUCUUUUUGUUUUCUUAGCUGGACUGGUAUUUCUUGCUGAAGCUGCACCACUGGUCUCCCAUGGUUCCGUUGAUUCCAAAUGCCCUCUCAUGGUGAAAGUGCUGGAUGCAGUCAGAGGAAGUCCUGCAGCUAAUGUAGCUGUUAAAGUCUUUAAAAAGGCCGCCGAUGGAAGCUGGCAGGACUUUGCCACUGGGAAAACCACAGAGUAUGGUGAGAUCCAUGAGCUCACAACAGAAGAACAGUUUGUAGAAGGAAUAUACAGGGUUGAGUUUGACACCAGCUCUUACUGGAAAGGACUUGGCCUUUCCCCAUUCCAUGAAUAUGCUGAUGUGGUGUUCACUGCUAAUGAUUCUGGUCACCGCCAUUACACCAUUGCCGCUCUCCUCAGUCCUUUCUCUUAUUCAACCACUGCUGUUGUCACUGAUCCAAAGGAAUAAACAUGUACUGUCAUUACACAAACACCCACCUCUGCUAGGACUAUUGUAGGCUUUUAGGAGGAAGGGUUUUUCUAUUGCUAAUGCAUAUCUUUUUGCUAUAUUA